CGACGCCAUGACAUCAGUUUUGACGGAACGGAACGGAACUGUCUGCGAGAACGAAAUUCAUUAGUUAAAAAAAAAAGCUGCCGAAUGAAUGUAAUAGUUAAAACUAACUAUUUGUGUCUGACUAAAAUCUAAAAACGUUUAGUUACUUGAAUAUAGAAAUCUGAAGGAAAAUGACAGCUGAUUUGAACUUAAAUUCUGUUAGUUUGAAAUGGGAUCCAAAGAAUUUAGAAAUUCGCACCAGAACAGUAGAAAAAACUCUAGAACCAUUAGUAAUUCAGGUUACUACAUUAGUAAAUACAAAAGGUCCUUCAAAAAAGAAGAAGGGACGUUCAAAACGUGCUCAUAUUCUAGUUGCUGCCGUCGAGAAAGCUACCGAAAAUUUUAUAUUUAAAGGAGAAGAAAUUGCACGCGAAAAUCCUGACAUUCAGCCAGAAAUGGUGCUGGCUGUGGAUGAAGUGAGAAAAACAGGUGAAAUAAUGAGCAAAUCUUCUCGAGAGUUUGCCGAAGAUCCGUGUUCGUCUGUGAAGCGUGGAACUAUGGUGCGAGCUGCCCGCAAUCUUCUAUGUGCCGUCACUCGACUCCUGAUUCUCGCAGAUAUGGUUGAUGUUCAUAGGCUUCUCAAAUCUCUGCGAUCGGUUGAAGAUGACUUAGAUAAAGUGAAAAAUGCAUCUAGCCAAUCUGAGCUUAUGAAAUCAUUCCAAGAUUUUGGGAAAAAUACUGCCGAGCUAAUCCAACAAGCUGCAAAACGGCAAGCAGAACUUAAAGAUCCCAGACUUAGAGAUGAUUUAGCAGCGGCAAGAGCUGUUUUGAAAAAGAAUAGCAUGAUGCUUUUAACUGCUUCAAAAGUUUAUGUUCGUCAUCCGGAACUAUCGGCAGCCAAGGAAAACAGAGAUUACAUUUUCCGCCAAGUGUGUGAGGCUGUUAAUACAAUCAGUGAUGUUGCUCAAGGAAAAUCCACAAGUGGAGCUUUAGGCCAACCUCCUUAUGACGGUCCAGGAGAAUUAGCUGCUGCUUUGGAUGAAUUUGAUGAACGUAUAUUAAUCGAUCCAUUAAUAUAUAAUGAAGUGCGCACACGCCCUGCUUUAGAAGAAAGAUUAGAAAGUAUUAUUAGUGGUGCUGCCUUAAUGGCAGAUUCCUCAUGUACUCGCGAUGAAAGAAGGGAGCGUAUCGUUGCUGAAUGCAAUGCUGUGAGGCAAGCUCUUCAAGAUCUGUUAUCUGAAUACAUGGCAAAUGCUGGGAGAAAAGAUAUGUCUGAGCCAUUGGACAAAGCUAUUGAUCACAUGACUCGAAAGACCAAAGACUUGCGUCGUCAACUGAGGAAAGCUGUUGUUGAUCACGUUUCUGAUUCCUUCUUAGAAACAAAUGUGCCUCUUUUAGUUCUGAUUGAAGCUGCAAAGAAUGGAAAUGAAAGAGAAGUUGAAACUUAUUCUCAAGUAUUUACUGAGCAUGCAAAUAAGUUGGUUGAGGUUGCCAAUCUUGCUUGCUCCAUGUCCAACAAUGAAGAUGGAGUGAAAAUGGUUCGUUUUGCAGCUGCUCAAAUCAGCAACUUGUGCCCUCAAGUUAUAAAUGCUGCCAGAAUUUUAGCUGCUCGUCCACGAUCUAAAGUUGCUCAAGAAAAUAUGGAUGCUUUCAAAGAGGCAUGGGAGAAUCAAGUUCGCAUUCUCACAGAAGCUGUAGAUGAUAUUACUACAAUUGAUGAUUUCUUAGCUGUUUCUGAAAAUCACAUUUUGGAAGACGUGAAUAAAUGUGUGCUGGCUCUUCAAGAGGGGGAUGCUGAUACUUUAGACAGGACUGCUGGUGCCAUCCGUGGUCGUUCUGCUAGAGUUUGUAACGUAGUUGCUGCAGAAAUGGAUAACUAUGAACCUGGAAUUUAUACUGAAGGAGUGUUGAAAGCUGUGGCUGUACUUAGAGACCAAGUAAUGCCAAACUUUGCAUCAAGAGUGGAGAUUGCUGUUGAAGCUUUAAGUUCUAGCCCACAAAAGGAAGUUGAUGAAAAUGAAUUCAUUGAUGCGUCUCGUCUUGUAUACGAUGGUGUCAGAGAUAUUCGAAGAGCUGUUCUAAUGAAUAGGACUGCUGAAGAACUUGAUUCAGAAACAGAAAUUGAAUUUGAAGCAAAUACCUCUGAAACCAAAAGCAAAUCAAGUGCACAUACAGACUUUGAUGAAUAUCCAGAGAUUAGUGGUAUUAAUAAUACAAGGGAUGCAUACAGAUAUAUUUCAGAAGAAGAUAAACAGAAAAUUGCCGCCCAGGUAGAAAACUUCCGUACCGAAAAAAGCAAAUUUGAUCGUGAAGUCGCCAAAUGGGACGAUACAGGAAAUGACGUCAUCGUUUUAGCGAAACAAAUGUGCAUGAUUAUGAUGGAAAUGACAGAUUUUACCAGAGGAAAAGGACCUUUAAAAACAACAAUGGAUGUGAUUAAUGCUGCAAAAAAAAUUUCUGAAUAUGGUACAAAAUUAGAUAAAUUAGCAAGACAAAUUGCUGAUCAGUGUCCAGAAUCUAGUACAAAAAAAGAUUUGCUGGCAUAUCUUCAGCGGAUAGCUCUUUAUUGUCAUCAGUUAAACAUUACGAGCAAGGUGAAAGCAGAUGUGCAAAACAUCUCUGGAAGCCUUAUUGUUUCUGGAUUGGAUAGUGCCACUUCUUUGAUUCAAGCUGCCAAGAACUUAAUGAAUGCUGUGGUUCUUACAGUAAAAGCUUCCUAUGUAGCCUCUACCAAGUAUCCAAGAAGUGUCCAAGUUGCUUCGCCCAUCGUGGUCUGGAAGAUGAAAGCCCCCGAAAAGAAACCCCUAGUCCGCAGGGAGAAACCCGAAGAAGUGCGUGCUAAAGUGAGGAAAGGAUCUCAGAAGAAACACAUCGCUCCCAUCAAGGCACUUAGCGAAUUCCAGAGUCCAGCCGAAAGUGUGUGAAGACUCGCUCGCUCAACUCGAGAGAUCAGUGCCUGUGGCCUCUUUUAUAUAUCUUAUGCAGCUGGGAGAGACUUUCUCUGAUCAUGGCAUCAACUCUUCAUUUGCCUAGAGUGUCUUUCCACUCGUCGCUCUACCAUUCAGUGCAUUCGGUUAAGCUCCGAUUUCUCAUCAUUUAUAGCGAAUUCUUUUUUAUAUGAAAUUAUGCAGUUUUAGCUCUAUGUGAAUAUUUAUAUAUAUUUUUUUGUUUUAUACAUAUUUGUUAUUUUAGAGUUUAUUUUAUGUUUUAUAUGUAGGAGAAUUCUUUUCGAUCAGUUAUGCCUCUCACUCGUAGGUACUCGGUAUUUCAGCUUCUCGCGAGACGCUCCGACUCAAAGAUUGAUAGAUGCAUUGCAGAUUGAUAUGAAUAUUGCUUGUCGGUCAGUAUUAACCUUAUUUAGCUUGAUAGAUGCUUUUAAAAUGUUUAUUAUUAUUUUUUUAAUGCUGUAGUAAAAUUUAAAUUUUCUCUAAAUUGGAUUUCCUCACAGUGUUUAAAGUGCCUCUUAUGUAUCCAUCGUCAUGAAAAUUUUUGUCUGUAAUAGGAGCUAUUCAUUUUCUUAAUGCAGGUUAUUAGCUUUUUUUUAUUUUAUUUCCCUAAGCUUCCUGAACAUAUUUAUUUGAAAUAUCACUUUCGCGGUGGUGGAGGCGAUCGUCCAUUCAGUCGAGACAUAGAGUAUUUGUUAUUGUGAGUCAGGUUGCCUUUCCUUGUGUAUGAAACUAGUUUUCCCGUUUCUUUUAUGGGAAAUAUAAGUGGGGACAAAUGGGAGGGGCGGGGUGGUAUUUAAAGUGUCUCAUUCAGUGUGGUGUGCAUGUGAAUUUUCAAAAACUGUAUUUCGAAUACAAGUUAUUUACUUGUUGAAACCAUUGUAGUGUAAUGUAAUUAAUAGCAAUAAAGAGGAAACAUGAUUUCAUAAAGAAAGAAAUGCAUUUUUUAAACCCAUUUUAAAUUAUGGUUUUUCUAAUAAUUUUCGAGAUUUCUUUUUUGCCCAUAUACGUUCCAAUUUUACAAUCUUUUUUAUAUAAUCGGUGGUUUCCCGAUGGAUGUAUUUAUACUCUUAAGUUUUAUUUCUUGAAGGCAAAUAUGCUUUCAACAAAGAUUGCAUUUAAAUUGAAACUUCAUUCUGUCUUUGAUUUGUGUGCCAUCACUUUGAUACAUGAAACCUUUGAUGUAGUUGUCUUAUAUAUAAGUGAAAAAUAUUAUUGUAGCUUACAUUUCUUGGAAUGUAGAGAGAAUGAGUUUUAUACCUAUUUCCGUCAAUGUAAUAUAAAGUGAAAUUAAGUGAUUUGCUACUUUAUUUUCAGUAUUGUAUAUUUCAAAGUAAAUUGUGUAGAAAAUGGAAAAUAAGUCAAAUUGUAUGAAGUUAAUUUUAAUAAAAAGGUAAUAACAUCCAAAUUCAUUGUUAUAGUUAAUGCUUUUUUAUCUGUGAAAUUUACAGAAUAGUUGCGGUUUAAAAAAUAUUUAAAAAAAAAACACUAAGCAUUAUUGCAAUUAUUUAAAAACUGCUUUUCAACACAAAUUUGAUUUUGGUUAGAAAUGAUUAUUCAACACUAGUCAAUUAUUAAACACUUCAGAAAUGUGCUUUUGAUUGUUACACAUAAGUGUAUGUGGAGAGAAAAAAAAACAAAAUGUAACAAUUGAUAACAAAUAAAAGUACUGUUUUUACCUUUCA